AUGGAACAAGAACAUGCUUGUGCCAAGGGAACAACUGCAAUAGAAAUCCUAUCGAACCGUUUACUAACCGGAGGCAGCCGGUGGCUUCUCAAAGUGAAACGAAGAAAAGGAUUAAACGCCCGCGAGUAAAACGUGAGUAUGAAUGAAUAUCAGGCCUAUGUGGCUUGCCUUUGGCGUUCCGUUUCGUUACGUAGUUUUUCAUUUUUUCAGGGUGAGCGCACACUGCUGAACGUUUGCGCUGCACUUGCCUUAAAUAAAGUAAAGGGGAGUGUAACUUAUAUUUUUGAUCCAAGAUUAUUUUUUCGAGAGGAAAACUAUAAGCGAAGUAUACUCCUAAACUACUGGAAUAUGGUUAAAUUGAUAAGGAAAAAGGGUUAAUUUUGCUCCCCUCAAAUGUUUCUAAAUGUGUCAUCGGCUCUGAUGAAACAUAAAGAACUUUGAGAUUGUCAGGAAAUGAAAGUUUUCUUUUUUUUUUUCAUUUAUUUCUUUUUAUAGAAGUUGGUAAGCACCCAGAGAAUACAACCAAGGGUUCUUCCAAUAGCCCGGCAGCAAGAGAGAAAAUUCCAGAACAAUCUGAAACGACCAUUCAGGUGCCGAAAGCUGCAUGGAUAAGUUUGGUCGUGAUUUUGUUACCAUUUACUAUCAUCGUCUUCAUUCAUUGCCUGCGCGCGUGUACAAAGGGUCAUUUAGAAAGAGAAUUAUUGAACAAGAUUUCUGAGAGCGAACUGGACGAAGUAAGCGUGAAGCACAGCUUUGACUCAGACAACUCCAUAGAGCGGGAGAAAGUCCUCGCCCAAGGAAAAUUUUCUGAAGUUUGGAAAGGUAGCUGGAAGGGAAAAAGCAUUGCAAUCAAGAUUUUUCCACCAACGGCCAUUUCGUCAUGGCGAAGGGAACAUCACAUGUACAGUAUUUUGUUAGGGAAGCAUUCAAAUAUCCUUCAAAUGGUAUCCUCAAAAUCUGAACAGAUCGGUGACUUUCUGUGUUUGGUCACAGAGUUUUGCGAGAACGGAUCUCUUCUGGAUUACCUUUUAAGAACGGUGAGUUUUUGAACGAUGAAAGUUAAGUUUUUGACACGUAAUUCAUCAGCAUUGGAUAGAAUGAAAAAAAAACACACACACACACACAUCGCCUCAUGUGAGGAAAAAGUAAUCCCACUAUCGAUUGGAUCCGGAAUCCAAGUUCCUGACUGACAAAGAAUUCGGAACUACUAGGAAUCUGAAUUCCACAGCGGAGAAUCAAGAAUCCAUGACUGUCUUGGAAUCCCCCAAGCGGGGUCGAAUCAAAGCUCGCUAAUUUUUUAGGUCAAAAGCGAUCAUACCACUUCUAAUUUACCUAUAUACUUGACGGGAAGAACAGCUAAGACUGAGGAAAUUAGUAAAAUUACGAAUAAGUAACCACAACCAAAUGAUAGAACCUGGUCGAUACAAUCAAACUCCCACAGAUAGGAAUUGCCCUUUUUGUGGAUCCAAUCAAAUAGAAGACGAAGUUGACUUUCUUUUUGAUUGUUGUAAAUACUCUUUGAUUAGGAAUAAUUUUGAUCAAUGAACUGAUGAACUCAUCUGAUUACUUAUAUCAAUAUACAGAUUUCAUGAAAUUUAUUUCAGCCUGCUUUGAUUUUCGCGACGAAUUUUUGACAAAGUAGCUUAAUUCUCCUGUGAUUAAAUUUUAAGUUCUUAUUCUUGAAAUAUGAUUAUAAAUAGCUUGUGCAAUACUGUAUGUACUUGUAUGUACUUGCAUGUAUUGUUAUGCAAGUAAAGUUUGUCGUUGUUGUAGAGUCAAGAAGAAGCUCUGACAAAUAUGCAAACAUGGACUGUAGCCAGUUUGCUUUGUUCAUUGUGGAAAGGGUCCAUCAGUGUCUGCCAUUCAUGGAAAUACAACUGUUUUUUAAAGGGAAAUGCUUUCUCUAAAGUGAAACGAAAAUUUUAGCGGUAAAUGAGACGAAAUUUUUAGCGGUAAAUUAAAUGGGUUAUUUUUGUGGGAGCCAUGUGAUAAGGUUGAGAUACUUGCCCAUCAGAGCACUCAUCUAAUAGUAAAAUUGAUGACAGACUAAUCAUGAGGGAAAAAUUUCGAGUAAUUUUUUACUACAAAAACAGAAAUGCAGAAAAAUGUCAGGAGCAGAACUGGUUGGAACUCUACUGUAACACAUCGUGACCAUGUUUGUGUAACAACUUUAGCCUCAGGGCCAACAAGAAGUAUAACGUUAUUGAAGCUUCCAGAAGCUUUGGACUGCAUCCCAAUGACUGAGCUCGGUGCUCUCACGUGACAUGUUCAAAGGCAGUCGUUUAAUAAAGAUGUGAUGACGUAGACGCAAGACUGCCGAGACGUUUCGUGUCCGAAGCUACAUUUUGAAUUUUUGAUCAAGGUCACAUUUAAGGCUGACAGGUGCUGUAAAGCGAGUUGGUGCAUCGUCAUUGUCACGUGACUAAAUACACAGGCAUGACGUGAAAAUACUGGGCUCAGUCCUUGCUGAUAAGACUGAAAUCAUUCGGAGAGCUUCAGUGAUAUAAUUUUUGUGGACCUUGAGACUACAAUCCAAGGUCAAGAACAAAAAAUCAUGUCAUAGUAUCUUUCUCCCUCCUGAAAGAUGUUCCAAUCAAAAUUUUUAUCUAGAAUGUAUACCUUAUGUAACAUUUCGAUCAGUUUCCUCCUUUUAAAUUUGCUCACCAGAGAGGGGCACUAAGAUGGGGUGAGGCUGUUCGUCUUGCAAGUGGCAUAACAAAUGGAGUGGCCUAUCUUCAUUCUGAGAGAAGUCAAUCAGAGUGGAAAGUCCCUAUAGCUCAUCGAGAUUUAAAAAGCACCAACGUUUUAGUGAGAACUGACGGAACAUGCGUUAUCUCAGAUUUUGGUCUGGCAAUGUCCUUGGAUUCCAUUGAAGACGCAAGCAAAAAUGUAAGUGCCUGCUGUAAGUCUUUUUCCUCAGACUGAAUGAAUGUUAAUAUCUAUUGGAAUUCAACUCUACAUGAGUAAAGACCGGUUUCUGAAAGGACGUUUAACGUUAAUCCAAGAGUAAAGUAGUUUUGCACCUGAACGUAUUUUCCUUCCCAUAGAUUGUGUAGAGUGUCAUUUUGUGUUUUCAUAAAUGAAUCCACCAGAGUUAUAGCUGUUUCGCAUAACACGCGACCUACGAUGUAGCCUGCAUAACUGGCGCUUUGUACGUUAGCCAAGCGAGGCGAAGGCGGCAUUUUGGGCGAAGCGCGAAACAAGUGCGAAGCGUGAAACGAGUGCAACGCGCGAGACGAGGGGAGUAGAAAAUGCCGCGUUCCCCUCGCGUGGCUCAUAAAGCGCCUGUUAUUUAGGCUACGCGCGAUGCCAAAAACGUCCUGGGAUUUGGCGUUUUUCUGCGACGUCAAUCAAAUUCGGAAGAAUCGGCGCUUUCUCGCCUUCACAUCUUAGCGGACCUCCUGGGAAAAAAAAGGUCUUGGUUUGUUAUUGGUGAUUGGUGUGUUUCUGGGUUCGUUCCUUUGAAACUUCAGAUUUCGGUUGCGUGUCUUUGAAAAGCGGAGUGAGUUUUACCUUAGCUCUAACUUUUUUUUUAUCUUCUUUAUACUGAAACAUGGUAAGUUUAGAUUGUUCCUAUAGAGCUUCCAAAUCCAGAAGAAACACAGGUAUGGGAGGGUGAAAACGAAUCGCUGCGUUCCCGCCAACAUCUACUUUUGCAGCUUCUGCUCGUUAUUGCUGCCUUUAUUUUACAAACACGGUGGAUGCUAUGGUAACGGUUUGAUUGACGUCGUAGAAAAACCCAAAAUCCUGAAACGUUUUUAACAACGCAGGUCGCGUAUUAUCAGAAACAGCUGUAACACCCGCCGGUGUUUUACAAACACCGGUUACAUGUUUACAGACAAAUAAACUUUGCUUGAAAUUUGGCUCAUAACCAAGGCUUAAAACUUAAUCCGGCACCUUUGGGCCUCUCAAUAAACCCUGUCAUCUUUGACUAGUGCAUGCGCAAACCAAAUACAUGACCCUCUAACUGUUUUUUUUUUCUGGUUUUGUCUAUAACAAAUUUUUUUGGACUGUUUUAAUCUGCACGUUUUCUGAUUUGAGAAACUAAUUUUUAACUUGAAUUUGCCGUUUGCCGUAUAUUUCACCCUAAUUCUCCCCAUUAUCUACGACCUUAACCCUGUUUUUCUUACAGUUGCAGGUUGGUACUUAUCGAUACAUGUCUCCAGAGGAACUACUAGCUACAGUAAGCCUCAACAGCAUUGAGACAUUUAAGCAAAUGGAUGUCUAUUCAAUGGCCCUUGUACUGUGGGAAGUCAUGUCACAAUGUGACGUAACAGGUACAAUUACAUUUGGCUAUUCAGUCUGGGAACACCAGUCCAAAGCCAACUAUGAGAUCUACUGGGUAGGGGUCAAGAUCCUUGACCAGGAGAUCAUGUGGACAUUAAAAGAAAUAUCAAGGAGUUCAUCCACAUCAGACGCUAGCGUGAGAUAGGGGUUUAUGAACUUCCCGCGAUCAUUACUCUUUUUGUAGCCACGUGACUAAUACACGGGCACCAUUUUCGAGUUCGUUGCUGCUGAUGAGUGUGUGAUACAAUCGAAAGCUACAGUACUAAAAAAUCUGAGGCCUUUAUUUUUUUAAAACUAUGCUGUUGGCUUUUCUACAGAAUGUCACAAAAAUGUUAGUUCUCUUGUAUGUGAUGCUUACGCGGGCCCCUCCUGGAAACGGUGCAGCUGCAAGUUUUUAGGUCGAUGAGUUUACCAGUUUUCGUUGUAAGGUUCUCCUCUUGUAACGUUUGGGUGACCGUUGAAACUCCACUCAAAUCCUCAGUUGUCGAGCUAAUUUGCCGAUUAAAACCGACCUGAGAAAACACAUUUCAGUGACAUUUGCCGAGACAUUUAUCUUUUUCUUACAAUCCUACCUUUUUUAUAUCUAAACUCGUGUUUAAUUUUAGUACCAGGUCGCGUUAAACUAAAUGUAACGAUAAAAUCGUGGUCAAUUUUGAAUCUGUCUUUCUCCUCUUCUCUGUUCCAGAUAGUGAAAAGCAUUAUUAUCUGCCCUUUGAGGAUUUUGUUGGUGAAAAUGCAACGUUGAGUAAUAUGCUGGAUGUUGUUGUGGCAAAGAAUUGCAGGCCCCACCUUCCAAACAACUCGAAUGAUCACGAGGUUAGUUGACGAGGAGCAAGAGUUUCCAAGAUUAGUUUAAUCUAUACAUACAUAUGGUCCCCGUCAUAUGACGACGGGGGACCCUAGUUUGCUCAUUGGUGUCUUUCAGUCUUGCGUCUCUCAGACACUCUAGCCUAGAGGGGUGACCAACUAGCAAAGCGAUUUUCCUGAAUGGAGAGUUCCAUGAGGCCCCUGUCACGCUUGCCCACUUUGUCAUGAGCCUUCCGAAUAACAGUUGUUUGGGUAUUCUGAAGUCAUCAAUUCGCGGUACGUGGCCGAGGCAGCAGAGUCUGUUGUUUCGGAGCAUGGAAUCGAUAGUAGUUCAGUUGGGGUGAUGUAGGGCUUUAGUAUUGGUUUAGUCUGUAGUUGCCUAGUAAGUUGAAUUCUGCCAAUCUGGAGCAUAUGGUCAGAGUUCGCGGUUGUCGCCCUUUUUCAUAGACAAGAGUGAAGAUUUUACUCCACUCUUCAUAAACCUCUAAUAUGAUAUGGGUUGUUCACAUCACAUGCAUAGGCAAGAACAAAGACUAAACUGUUUCAUGUCUUUUUAUUGCUUGCAUCUCAUUAAAAAAAAGUCACAGUAGAAAAUACGUAUGUAUGUUCUCUCUUCAACAGGGCUUAGCUCUAUUUUGCCAGACUGUAGAAGAAUGUUGGGACCCAGACCCCGAGGCACGAUUAACAGCUGACUGUGCACAAACCAGGCUUCAAGAGCUUCUCCUGACUUCGAAAUCUGCAUGA